AUGCUUGGUUCAAUUUCAAGUGACACAACAAGCAAUAGGGCAGGAAGUAACAAGAGUGAUGAACUUCAAAGAAUGAGCACCCCUCCUAUUUCUGUGAUUCAAAUAAGCGAGAAAUCUGAUAAGCUUGAGUUGAAGAGCCAGGAAUCAAAGGCAAGUUCCAAACAACUAUCAAUACCAAGAGUUGAGAAGGAAAAUGGAGAUAGGAGAUGCACAAAUGAAAUGUCAAAGGUCCUAAUGCCCUGUUCAAGUGAAAGAACAAGCAACAAUAAGUUUGGAAGUAACAAAAGUGAUGCGCCUCAUGAGAUGACUGCUACUCUUAUGCAUGUAUCACCACUCCAGCCUACUUUGCGACCAAAUUUAUUAGCACAACCAUCCGCAUCGCCCACACCUCUUCCAAAUGUAUUGUCACCACCAUCACCACCACUGGCAUUAAAUUUAGCAGAUCCAUCCCUAUCCCGAUCACCACCACCCACAACUCCCUCAUAUAUAAAAGUAACUCCACCACAACCACCAAUCCCUCAAUCAAAAGAAUCAAUUUCAUUACCGCAACCAUCACCCAUACCUCUAAUAAAGGGAGCAGCUCCCCCACCACCUCCUCCACAGAGUGUAACAAAAGUUCUGCAUCUCAAGAAAGAAAAUACCAAGUUAAAGAGGUCAGCUCACAUGGGGAACUUGUAUCGAUUACUCAAAGGAAAGGUGGAAGGAUCUAGUUUGGACGGUAAGUCAUCUCAAGGGAGAAGGAAUCAACUCGAGGGUUCUACAGGUGGUAAACAGGGAAUGGCUGAUGCACUAGAAGAGAUCACAAGGAGAUCAGCCUACUUCCAACAAAUUGAAGAAGAUGCACAGAAGUAUGCAACAUCAAUCAUUGAAAUGAAAGUUGCCAUCAAUUCGUUCCAGACAAAGGAUAUGGCUGAGCUACUCAAAUUCCACCAAUAUGUGGAACUUCAUAUGGAAGACCUAACCGAUGAAACUCAGGUAUUGGCAAGAUUCAAAGAUUUCCCCAUAAAGAAACUGGAGACACUAAGGGCAGCAGCAACACUAUACUCAAGGCUGAAUGCAAUUGUUGCUAAUCUUGAAGGCUGGAAGGUAGUAACUCCUUUGAGUCAGCAUCUUGGCAGGGUUGAAUGCUACUUCAACAAGAUUAAGGGAGAAGUGGAUGCAUUGGAAAGAAAGAAAGAUGAAGAAUCUAAGCGAUUUCAGGAUUACGGUAUCCACUUUGACUUCCAUAUUCUGGUGCGAAUCAAGGAACUGAUGGUGGAUGUUUCUUCUAGCUGCAUAGAGUUGGCACUUGAGGUAGUUCACUUGAACACAUAUUGCAUGAUCGGUUGA